AUGUCAUCGUCAUUUACUCGAGUCGUGCGCCCUGCGCUGAGGGGAGGACGAGGCCUUACACAGCGCGUUGCCACACGAGUCGCCGCUCCCCGUCCCAUGACGAGAAUAAGCCCUAACACUGCCCGUCCUCUCUCCACAACGUCCUCUCGUCGCAAUGAACACAUCGAUAUCUCGGAGAUUCCUCCUACGCCCAUCACUCACCUCUCCGAGCUCGAGAACGCCAUGGUUGAGACUGUCUCCAAGUUCGCCACAGAUGUGAUCCUUCCUCGCGCGCGUGACAUGGACGAGGCUGAGGAGAUGGACCCCGCUGUUGUUGAGCAGCUGUUUGAGCAGGGUCUUAUGGGCAUUGAGAUUCCCGAGGAGUACGGUGGUGCUGGCAUGAACUUCACCUCAGCCAUUAUCGGCAUUGAGGAGCUUGCCCGCGCCGACCCCUCUGUUUCAGUCCUCGUCGAUGUGCACAACACCCUCUGCAACACAGCUAUCAUUAAGCACGGUUCUACCGCUAUCAAGAAGAAGUGGCUGCCUCGCCUCGCAACCAACACUGUCGCCUCCUUCUGUCUCUCCGAGCCUGUCUCUGGUUCAGAUGCCUUUGCCAUGGCUACAAAGGCCACAGAGACCGCCGACGGCUUCAAGAUCUCGGGUAGCAAGAUGUGGAUCACAAACUCCAAGGAGGCUGAUCUUUUCAUCGUCUUCGCUAAUCUUGACCCCAGCAAGGGCUACAAGGGUAUCACAGCUUUCCUCGUCGAGAAGGGUACCAAGGGUUUCUCUAUCGCUAAGAAGGAGAAGAAGCUCGGUAUUCGAGCCUCAAGCACAUGCGUCAUCAACUUUGACGACGUUGAGAUCCCCAAGGAGAACCUCCUCGGCGAGCGCGGUCAGGGUUACAAGUACGCCAUCAGCAUUCUCAACGAGGGCCGAAUUGGUAUCGCCGCUCAGAUGACCGGACUUGCUCUUGGUGCUUUUGACAACGCCGCCCGCUACGUCUGGAACGACCGCAAGCAAUUCGGUUCUCUGGUCGGUGAGUUCCAGGGUAUGCAGCACCAGCUUGCCCAGGCCUGGACUGAGAUCACCGCUGCCCGCGCUCUUGUCUACACCGCCGCUCGCAAGAAGGAGGCCGGCGAGGACUUCGUCAAAGAUGCCGCCAUGGCCAAGCUCUAUGCUUCCCAGGUUGCUGGACGUGUCAGUGGACAAGCCAUUGAGUGGAUGGGAGGCAUGGGCUUUGUCCGUGAGGGUCUCGCUGAGAAGUAUUUCCGUGACAGCAAGAUCGGCGCCAUCUAUGAGGGUACCAGCAACAUCCAACUCAACACUAUUGCCAAGCUUCUCCAGAAGGAGUACACUACGUAG